CGCUCCCUGGAGAAAGAGCCCUCUCUCCAGACAGCUGGACCAAGGGAGCCCGCCUUAGGCACCGGAGGGUGAGGGCCCUGGAGUGGAGGGGCCCGUCCUGACCAUGGUGCCUGUCUGGCUGUUGCUGUUUUGCCUCUCUGUAGCCCAGGUUUUCCCCGAGGUCCAGCCUGCAGAACUGUAUGUGGAAGUCCCAGAAAACUAUGGUGGAAAUUUCCCCUUGUACCUGAUCAAGCUGCCACUGCCCCCUGAGGAGACUGAGGGCGAGAUUGUGCUGUCGGGGACCCCAAGCGUGGCAGCUGAGGGCCCCUUUGCUGUGGAUCCAGAGUCUGGCUUCUUGCUGGUGACCAGGGCCCUGGACCGAGAAGAACAAGCGGAGUACCGGCUACAGGUCACCCUGGAGACUGAGGAUGGACGUGUCUUGUGGGGCCCGCGGCCUGUGCUUGUGCGUGUGAAGGAUGAGAAUGACCAGGUGCCCCACUUCUCUCAGUCCAUCUACAGAGUUCAGCUGAGCCAGGGCACCAGGCCCGGCAUCCCCUUCCUAUUCCUUGAGGCUUUGGAUGAGGAUGAGCCAGGCACAGCCAACUCAGAUCUCCGAUUCUACAUCCUGAACCAGGCCCCAGCCCAGCCUUCCCCAGACAUGUUCCAGCUGGAGCCUCGGCUGGGGGCUCUGGCCCUCAGCCCUGAGGGAAGCACCAGCCUAGACCAGGCUGAAGAAGGAUCCUACCAGCUAUUGGUACAGGUCAAGGACAUGGGUGACCAGGCUUCAGGCCACCAGGCCACAGCCACUGUAGAUGUCUCCAUAGUAGAGAACACCUGGGUGCCCCUAGAUCCUGUCCACCUGGCAGAGAAUCUCCAAGUUCCAUACCCACACCCCAUGGCCCAGGUACGCUGGAGUGGGGGAGAUAUACAUUAUCACCUGGAGAGCCAGCCCCCUGGACCCUUUGAUGUGGAUGCAGAGGGGAAACUCUACGUGACCCAGGAGCUGGACCGAGAAGCCCAGGCUGAGUACCUGCUCCAGGUGCAGGCUCGGAAUACCCGCGGUGAGGACUACACAGAACCUCUGGAGCUGCGUGUGGUAGUGAUGGAUGAGAACGACAACGCGCCUGUCUGCCCCCUACGUGACUCCCCAGUCAGCAUUCCUGAGCUCAGCCCCCCAGGCACCAAGGUGACUAGGCUGUUGGCAGAGGACAUGGAUGCCCCUGGUUCUCCCAAUUCCCACAUUGUGUAUCAGCUGUUGAGCCCUGAGCCUGAGGAGGGAGCAGACGGAAGAGCCUUCGAGCUGGACUUCACCUCAGGCAGUGUGACACUGGGGGAUGCCCCCCUCCGAGCUGGCCAGAACAUCCUGCUUCAGGUGAUGGCUGCUGACCAAGGAGGAGCUGAGGGCGGCCUCAGCAGCACAUGUGAGGUUGCUGUCACAAUCACAGACGUCAAUGACCAUGCCCCCGAGUUCACCGUCUCCCAGAUUGAGCCUGUAAGCCUCCCUGAGAACGCAGAGCCAGGGACUCUGGUGGCCACGCUCAUGGCCACCGAUGCUGACCUUGAGCCUGCCUUCCGCCUCAUGGACUUUGCCAUUGAGGCGGGGGAUGUGGAGGGGACCUUCGGCCUCGAUUGGGAACCAGACUCCAGUCAUGUCCAACUCCGACUCCUCAAGAACCUCAGCUAUGAGGCAGCUUCAAGCCACAAGUUGGUGGUAGUGGUUCGGAGCGUGACAGAAUUGGUGGGGCCAGGCCCAGGCCCUGGAGCCACAGCCACAGUGACUGUGCUGGUGGAAAAGCUGGUGCCACCCCCCAAGUUGGACCAGGAGAGCUAUGAGGCCAGCAUUCCAGUCAGCACCCCAGCUGGCUCCCUCCUGCUGACCAUCCAACCCUCAGACCCUGGAAGCAGUCCCCUCAGGUUCUCCCUGGUCAAUGACUCAGAGGGCUGGCUCUGCAUCAAGGAGGUCUCUGGGGAGGUGCACACAGCCCGGCCCCUGCAAGGCGCCCAGCCUGGGGACAUGUACACAGUGCUCGUGGAGGCCCAGUAUGAAGAUGAGCCGGCACUGAGCACCUCUGCAACCCUCGUGAUCCACUUUCUGAAGGCCCCGGCUGCCUGGGCCCCCACCCUGCACCCCGUACCCGCCCGACACCUCUGCACACCCCGCCAGGACCAUGGCGUGGUUAUCAGUGGACCCGGCGAGGACCCUGGCCUGGCCGGGGGGCAUGGCCCCUACAGCUUUGCCCUGGGCCCCAACCCUACGGUACAGCGGGAUUGGCACCUCCAGGCUCUCAAUGGUUCCCAUGCCUACCUCACCCUGGCCCUGCACUGGGUGGAGCCACGUGAGCACGCAGUGCCCGUAGUCGUCAGCCACAAUGCCCGGACGUGGCAGCUCCGGAUCCGAGUGAUUGUGUGUCGCUGCAACGUGGAGGGGCAGUGCAUGCGCAAGGUGGGCCGCAUGAAGGGCAUGCCCACGAAGCUGUCGGCAGUGGGCAUCCUCGUGGGCACCUUGAUGGCGAUAGGCAUCUUCCUCAUCCUCAUCUUCACUCACUUGACCCUGGCGAGAAAGAAGGACCUAAAUCAGCCAGUGGACAGCAUGCCCCUGAAGGCGGCGGUUUGAAUGGUCCAGGCAGCCCCAGCUGGGAGCUUGGCCUCUAACUCCAUGUGAGUCCCCUGGGAGAGGGCCCAGCACUGCCGAUCGCCGGGAGCUAGGACAGAGUAGGAGCCCCUUCACCUGCCCUCGGGUGGAGUCAACAUCACCAGACAAGUCUGUAGAGCCUGAACACUGACUUUAUGGGCUGCCCAUGGGAGUGCUCCAAAUGGGCCACGUUUGUCCACCAAUAAAGCCUCAGAGAGCAGGGCGUGGGCUGUGCCUGCAUCUCAGAGUCCUGUGCAUGUGUGCAUUACCCAUGUCCUCCUUCAUUCCUUUCCCAUCUCCUGCUGUGCAGAAAGGGCCUAGGGGCUUGAGGGACAAGCCUGGGUCCCCUACGAAGGAGGGACAUGGGGGCAUCACGUCGGUUCUUGGUGAGAACUUGAGGUUGGAGCAGGGUGGGUCAUUUCUAUGGGCAUUUGGAGACCACGGCUGCAGACCCUGGAUGGGUCCACUCUGACUAGGUGACGGUUGAGGAGGAUGUCCUUUCGAGUGCAUUCUGAUUUCCAGGACAUUUUUGCUAGGGGAGGGCACCUGUGAGUCUAUGUCCUGUGCUUACGUGCGCACCACUGCUCUAUCUGUGAGUCACCUGCACAUGGCUGAGCAGAGGUCCCAUAGUCUUAAGAGGGGUCUGCACAGGAAUCGUGAGGGUCUAAUAGGGCUGGAACAAGACAGGUGAGGUUGGGGAUGGGUCCCUUUGCCCUAGCAUAGGCCCUAGCACACUUCCGGGUUUCAUAUACAGGAUGGUGAGUGCAUGGGGGGUGGGGUCUACAGAAAGUCAGAGAAGGGGAAUCACUCAGACAGACAGGAACCCCCAUGGCUCACCCUGGAGCUGCCCCUGCCCCGAGUGAACCCCUUCCCCUGACCCAAGAUUAAGCCACGGCCCUGGUGCCCUGCUGAGCCCUGACCACACCUCCAGGCCGACCUCCAAUCCCUGACCCUUGACUGACCCCAGACGCAUGCUGAUCCUCCAUGCACCCAUCCCAACCGUCUCUAGGGAGCCAGGGUGGGACUUGCUGUCCCAGGCACCUUGAGCUGAUGAUGGUAAAUCACGGGGAAGGGAGAAAAACAACCUCUGUGCGGCCCAGGCCCUAUUUUUAGGAGAUAACCUCUCCGUUCCUGGCAGAUUCUGUGGGAUGGGGGCCAAGCUCAACCAAGAGAGAUGGGGUGGGCAUCCUGGCUGGGCUGAAGAGUCUGAGAGACUCACAGAGGAUCCCCAGCCCCGGGCUGAACUCUGAGGCCAG